CUGCAUCUAUAAUAGAGAAAAAGAGACAGGGAUAUGCAUUGCAGAGGCCCAGUAGUAUACCAGUGGUAGUAACUUGAACCUGAAGCUCAUCAUUAUUCAUCUCUGGGAGUCUUGACUGAGGGUGCAGAUGUGCCUAAAAAUGGGAGAAUUCUAGCUGAAGUGCUGACAGUCUUUUCUCUUUGAGAAAAAAGGUAACUUAUCACAGUUUCCUACCUGAAUAUUCCCAAGUGACUGAAGUGAGAACUACGCUUGACUGAGCCAGGGAAAAAAGGACAAGAAAAGAAGACAAUACCAGAGGUGAAAGAAGACAAGACGCAGCAGGGAGAAAGACAAGGCAGAACAAGAGAAGGCCAAAGAAGACGAGACAGAGACAGAAGGCGAGAUAAAGUAAGACUAAACACAAGACACAAGAAAGGAAGGCGAGGAAACAGAUAUCAAGAGGGCAAGACAAGAAAAGACAGAGGACAAGGAAAGCAACAAUGGGAGACAAGACCAAAUAAAGCAAGAGAGGAAAGAAAAGGAACCAGUUAAAGGAUCACGUCAACCUUCAGUGUACGAUAAGGACCAUCCAAGAGGGGCCUGAGAAGAAUGGCAUGCCAAGCAUUUAGUGCCGACUCUUUCACCCCACUUGCAGGAGACUCACCCUUGCCAAUCCUCAUGCACCACGCCCCUGCCGGUGACUGCCUGCCAACCACCUCCCAUGCUCACAGUAUGGUUUCUGCAGUAUCAUCUGGGCUGUCCCUGGGUCAGUCUUCCAAGCGCUCCCACAUGCAUCUGUCCACCUCGUCCCUCGGCAACCCUCUUGGCAAUGGACCGCCGAGCCUACAUUACCCAGUCACUCCCUGUCACUACAGCAACCAGCAGGCCACCUAUGGCAUGAUGGCAGCUCAGGAAAUGCUCUCUGCCAGUAUUUCGCAGACUCGUAUCCUACAGACAUGUGGUGUUCCUCACCCUAACAUGGUGAGCGGUGCAAACCCAUUGCAAGGGUCUCUUACUCCUUGCCUGUACAAGUUUCCGGAUCAUGGUCUAAGCAGUGGUUCCUGUGCAUUAAGCCAUGGUUUCUCCUCACUGCCCUCUGCCUUCCUCUCGACUGAUGAGGUCCCUGGUUGCCCCGGUGUUUUAGAGAUGAAAACUGACGCCCAAAGAAAAAGCAUGCGGGACCCAGAAGAUGCCCCUGCCAUGGACUCCCCUCAGAUACGAGAGCUGGAGAUGUUUGCCAAUGACUUCAAAAUACGGAGGAUCAAACUUGGUGAUCAGAUAUCUUACCACAAAUGUUUGCACUCGCCUUGCUGCUUCUCUGCUUCUGAGAAUUCUAUUAUUUUUGUUUCAUUUUGACCUCGAGGCUACACGCAGACUAAUGUAGGCGAGGCUCUUGCUGCAGUUCAUGGCUCAGAGUUCAGCCAGACCACCAUUUGCCGCUUUGAAAAUCUGCAGCUGAGCUUCAAAAACGCCUGCAAACUCAAGGCCAUUCUGGCUAAAUGGCUCGACGAAGCUGAGCUGGCAGGAGCCUUGUACAAUGAUAAAAUAGGAAUGAAUGAGCGGAAGAGGAAAAGGAGAACAACUAUCAGCCUGGGAGCUAAGGAGGCUCUGGAGCGCAGCUUUGUGGAAAAAAGUAAGCCAUCCUCACAGGAAAUAGCCCGGAUAGCCAAAGGCCUCCAUCUGGAAAAGGAGGUGGUCAGGGUCUGGUUCUGCAACAGACGCCAAAGAGAGAAACGGGUCAAAACCAGCCUCAACCUCAGCGCCUGUUUGACCAAAAUCAGUCCAAACUGCAUUGCACAGAUGAGUAAAACACAAAGGCCAAUGACAUAACUUAAGGUUUAGCCAGAGAGCAUCAGUUCACCUCUAGUCCGACGGAGGCUCAUUUGUGACCGCAGCUAGUGAAAAGUUUAAGUGAAAAUUAUUUUCAAAUCUAAUGUCUGACAGUAAAUCAUUCCACCAUGAAGUGGGAGAAUUUAAUUCAACAGGAAAUGGGGGCUAUAAUCACCCUGCAUUAGGCAGCCUCUGAUGUGCUUAAAACAAUUUCAUCCAGUUAACAUUUAGAUGAGAAUUUAUAUCCAGUGAGUCACUGAGUCAUUGUCAGCAAAUGUUUGUUUAAUGGCAAUGUGCACCAGUUUUCUUAAUGCCAUUUUAAUGUUGUUGUUUUUUUCUAAUUUACUUGAAUGGAAAUGUACAGUAUUUUAAUCAGCCAGUCACUUUUCUUUUUUGGAAGUCGAAACGGUUUUCAUCAUUAUGAUGCGCUGGUUUGAAGUGGCAUCUACCAGCCAUGACAUUUUAAUGUACUGAAUCUUGACUGUGCCUUGUUUGCUGAUGGUAUAUUAAUUACACAGACCAAAUAUAAUGUAAUCCAUCAGCACCAAGUGUGCAGAUGAGUACUCAUAUAGAUCAGCCCUGUGCCUUUCUAAAACCAGACAUCAGCAAUACCAUCCUUCACUUUGUCCUUUGUUUUGUAAUUGUAUUUGCUAUUGCAUUUGUGAUUAGAGUUGAUACCUCUGUGAUUAAUUACUUGUCAUGUGAAAAAUGUUUUUUAUUUAAGCCAUUGUUUUAAAAAAGGUAAUAUAUUUAAUGUUUCACAGCAACCUAUUUAUUUGAGCUCUAAUAUAUUAUGUUGAUCUACUUUUCUGAGUGCACUCUUUGAUUUAUGGAUUGAAGUCAGGGAUAUCGGAUAUGUGAAACUUUUUUUUGACAUUUUUUUAAGCAAAUGGAUCUGAGGUCUGCUGUUUCCUUGUUGUGUGAGACAAUUCAUUUUUCAUGUUUUUUGGAUGUUAUGCUUUGGUUGUUGCUGCCUUGACAAAGUGUCACACGAAGAGGAACAUCAGCCAGUCACAAGACUCUGACCUGGUUAGCAUGAUUCAUGUGAAACGUCUAAAGUGAAGAAGCAAGCCAACUUCCCUCUCAUUCAAAAUCUAGGCCUUUAUACUUGACAUACAUCAGGAACCAUUAAUUGGUGCCUGGAAGACAUUUUAGUGUGUCACAUUAACAUAGGGCUAAGAUAGGUGUAAGAAUGUAUUGUAAAAAGACAGAUAUGAAGUGCCUUUAUUCAACUUGAUUGAAAAUAUACAGUAAAUAUGCCAAAGAGACAUAGCAGGUUUGUACAAAAAUUUGUGAUUGUAUUGAGAAAUUCCGUUACCUGAUACUGGAAAGUAAAUCAGUUUAAUUAUUCUCUGACAAUAAAAGAGAGCUUGAUUCCAUGAUGAGCUACAUGUACCAUCGCUCAUUUUUACAAUAUACAUUGUCCUAUGAAUACAUACAUUAGGAGAGAGCCUGGUCACGUGUACAGCACAAACUACAGUUCAUGGCUCUGUCGCUGCAGAUUAAUAAAUAAAAAUUUUAACUCAGAAACAAGCAGUUCCCACUGUGAUUCAUGUACAGCUGUCUAACUGGAGUGCUGUCAGGGGACAUACAGUGGGGAGAACAAGUAUUUGAUACACUGCUGA